AUGGCUGAGCCUCUCAGUGAAGAUGCGGAGAGGAGGAUCAUCGAGGAUGAAGGGAUGUCGGUGGACAGUCUUUGGAAGAAUCGUCCAACACGAACGGAAGAUGUCAAGGUGGCGAGAAUAACAGAGACAACUGAAUCCGAAAAAAGGAAGACCGAGGAACGCAAAUCAGGAGCACAGAAGUACAUUCGCUGGAUGACCAUAUACGACGCUCGGCAUGGAUCCCAGCGCUCUAUAGAAAUUGAGGUUGAUGAGGGUUCUGUCGCCAAUUUCCUCACCCGCGGAAUGGCGCUCGACUACGGGUGCGAGGUUCAGUCUCUCAAAUCCGAGCCUUUCCAGGGCCAGACCAUCAAUACAGAUUUCCAAUGUUGGGAAUAUGUCGAGUUGACCCUUGUUGGCAAAGAGCACAAACCUGUCGUGGCGAAAUUUUAUGUCCUCCCGUCCAAUAAGCCACCCAAUGACCCUCGGAUCACCAAGCCCCUGGUCGGGCGUCAUCUCAAGCAGGAAGCCAAACACCUGCUGCUAACCAAAAACCCGGAUGAGCCAGUCCGGCCAAUCAAGAUGGGACAAGAGAGUGCGUAUAUGAAAGAGCAAAGCAAGCAGGAAGCAGCAAAGGUUCAGAAGUAUCAAGCCAAUGCCGCUCGGAGCAGGGAUGCGGCUUGGAAAAAACAAGACGGCGAAGACCAGAACCAACCCAAUAGGGGUAGCUCAUCGGGUACACAAAAUGAGCAAGGCAAGUAG